AUUCAUAAGGCUCCGGGCGUUAUAGCGUGAAAGUGUCGCGUGUCGGCGAGACAUGCGUGACCGAGGAGCUUCUGGCCUAGCAGACCGGCGUCUGCCAGUAUUUUUGUAGGCCAAUAAAGCAGAAGGCGGCGAACGAAACUCAUUUGCGAUUCGGCGAGUGAGCAAAAACAACGCGAAAAAAAAAUGAUAAAUUAGCAGUGGAAUGACGAACAAGUUAAGCGUUUCGUACUCUUAAUCAGCGUUAUGUCAUCUCCAGACGCAGCGACUUGCACUUGUGAAUAGUGGCAGAAGCUAUAAUGACUUUGACCUCAGGCGCAGGGAAGUUCACUCUCUAGCUGGCAUCUUUGAAAGUCAAAGGACGCAAAAAGCGAGGGCCUAGACUAAGCCCGGCCCUUGAAAAUUGGCGCAAUGAAAAAUCCACCAAGCCGUGUGCAUUAGGAUCGCGUGUUUCAUCGAGUUCUGCCGGAGAGGUCUUAAUUGAGCUCGUAGUCCAUCAUAUACGGAGAAUCCAUCGCGUGGCAAUGGAUGCGCGCGUGUCGAUGGGCAAAGUUUUCACGGCUGCGGGAUCUCUGCUCCGCGGGUGAGCGUAGGGGUGGCGAGGUGACCUCGCUCGCUGGCGCCGCGCGACCAACAGAGAUACGAGUGUUUGAUCGAAAUCCUUCGCGCUUUGUCGCGCAGCUUUGGCCCGCAGCUAGUUCGGCCUCGUCACGGCGCAGUUCGACCUGAGCUCAUCAUAGUCAACGUCUAGCUCCUUCGCUCGGCGGUGUUGAGCAGACGCAACAGCGGGCCACGGACAAGGAGAAGUGCUGCGCCGUCGUUGGCGUUUCGUCGUCGAGUAGCAGCGACAACAGUGGCCGAGGAACCGUCUUCGAGGUGGAAACAACUACGGCAUCCUGCUCGGAGCAGCAGCGCCGAGGCAAGAAACGCAAGAUGUGCGAGUCUGCCGAAGAGAUCUGGUGCCGUUCCAGGCAGAAUGGUGUCGUUCAGCCUCUACUUACUGAUUUGUAUCAAAUUACAAUGGCCUACGCAUAUUGGAAAAAUGGAAAAAUGAAUGAUCACGCUGUGUUCGAUUUAUUUUUCCGGAAAAAUCCAUUUCGCGGUGAGUUCACCGUGUUUGCUGGAUUAGAGGAGUGCUUAAAAUUCCUAGAUAAGUUUCAUUAUUCCGAUAGUGAUAUUGAAUAUUUAAAAUCGGCCAUGCCGCCAUCAGUUGAACCAGAGUUUUUCGAGUUCUUAAGAGGUACUACUGCAAAAGAAGUAACACUGUAUGCAGUUCAAGAAGGAUCUGUAGUAUUUCCAAGGGUACCUCUACUGAGGAUUGAAGGACCUUUGAUAAUGGUGCAAAUUUUAGAAACAACUCUGUUGACUUUAGUAAAUUAUGCAAGCUUGAUGGCAACGAAUGCAGCGAGGUAUCGCAUGGUUGCUGGAAAAUCUAUAUCUUUGCUUGAAUUCGGCUUGAGAAGAGCGCAAGGGCCAGAUGGAGGACUCAGCGCUUCAAAAUACAGUUAUAUUGGUGGCUUUGACGGAACCAGUAACGUUUUAGCUGGUAAAUUGUUUCAUAUACCAGUGAGUGGUACUCACGCGCAUGCAUACAUAACUUCAUUUUCAAGUUUCAACGAUUUGCAUACCAAGACACUAACUCAUAGACAAACUGGUGAAACAAUAGAUCUAUUAGCGUUGUCUUGCGAUUACCGUGACAAGAUAGCAUCCGAUUUUGAUGCCCUUGCAUCAGAAGCUUCUAAUGGGGAGCUUGCAGCUCUCGUAAGCUAUGCAAUUGCCUUUCCCGAUGGAUUCAUGGCUCUGAUUGACACAUACGAUGUGAAAAGUGUUCAAAAUACAGCCAAGCGUCAAACAAAAGUAACUGACUCAAAUCUAACAAAUAAGCUUCUAACUAACGGGAGCAAUAAGACACCUCGUAAUGGUGCAAGACAUGACUCGAUUAUGUCUGACGAAUCAAGUUGGCCCCACAACAGUGACAUUAUAAGAUACGAUGAAUUGGGUGAGCUCUACGUAAGAAGUGGUUUAUUGAACUUCUGUGCGAUUGCUCUGGCUCUGAAUGAUCUGGGUUACAAGGCAAUUGGUAUUCGAAUUGACAGUGGAGACCUUGCCUACCUCAGUCAAGUAGCUAGAAAACUUUUCCAAACACUUGCAGAGAAGUUUGAUUUACCAUGGUUUUCCAAACUGACCAUUGUAGCGUCAAAUGACAUUAAUGAAGAAACUAUAAUAAGUUUAAAUGAGCAGAACCACAAAAUAGAUUGUUUUGGUAUUGGUACACAUCUAGUAACAUGUCAAAAGCAGCCUGCUCUUGGUUGUGUCUACAAGUUAGUUGAAUUGAAUGGUCAACCAAGAAUAAAAUUGAGCCAGGAAGUUGGGAAAGUGACAAUGCCUGGUAGAAAAACAGCUUAUAGAUUAUAUGGAUCAGACGGACAUGCUUUAAUUGAUUUAUUACAGAGGGUUGAUGAAGAACCUCCUCAAGUUGGUCAAAAAGUACUCUGUAGACACCCCUUUGAAGAAUCAAAAAGAGCUUAUGUAAUUCCCACGAGAGUUGAAUCCCUUCACAAGAUGUAUUGGAAGGAGGGAAAAAUUUUGGAAAAUAUUCCAGCCUUAGUUGAAACUCGAAAUCAUGUACGAGAAUCUUUAGGAACUUUAAGAAAUGAUAUUAAAAGAAAUCUUAAUCCCACACCAUAUAAGGUUUCUGUGAGCGAUGACUUAUACAAUUUUAUACAUGAUUUGUGGCUUCAAAAUGCUCCUAUUGGUGAAUUAUCUUGAGGUGUUAUGAUUUAAAGCAGUUGGAAAAGUUUUGAAAGCUCACAUGAGAUAGAAAAUAAGUUUCAAUAAUAAUAAAGUAUGAAAAGAUAUCCACAAGUAAACAAUUAAACGAAAAACUAGAACAAUUAUUUAAAAAAAUUUUAUUCAUUGUGGGGCCUUAAGGUGGAUAGAAUAUUUUUACAACAAAUUUUAAUUUCGCAUAAAAAUGAAAAUAUAUACUAUUCUAUAAAGGUAAAUUUAAUUAAAGAAAUCUUUAUAGUUUCCUAAUUGAUUUAAAUGAUUUGAAUUUAGAACUUUAAAGCAAUGAAAGAAAAAUAAAGUAAUAUACUACUCGAUAUCCAUGUAAUAUUUUUAAAGCUGAUUGGGUUUUAGUUACAAGUGUAAUUUCAUUUUUAUUUUUUAAUCAUGCAAUACACAUUAUAUAUGUGACUUAUUCUAUGAAAAAGCUACCUCAUAGUUGCAAUAGUUAUACAUUAAUUUUGAAUUAUUAUUAUUUUUUGUAAAAUUUAUUAUAGAUAAAUGCUUUCUGUAAUUCGUUUGAUUAAAAUAUACAAGUGACUGUAAUAAUCAAUCUAUCAUCAAAGAUGCCUAUUAGCAACAAACAGUAAAUUAUGCUCUAUCAUCAGUUUGAUGAUAUAUUUUUUUACAAUUUAUCUAUAUAAUAAUAAUGUUUUAAAUAUUUAAGUUUGAAAUAAAUAGCUCCAACAAUUCAAAACUUACAUGAGCUUUUUGAUAUAUUGUACAACAUAUCUUUAUCAUAAAAUUGUUAACAUCUACAAAAAAUCGUUAAUUGUGAGAUGCCAUUUUUUGUACAACGAAUAUGAAUGCAGCAUAACACAUUAUAGAUAAAGAAUGUAUUGGAAGUACAAUUAUAGUGCAACUAUUUUUUCAAACUAUAAAAAAGAGGGUCAUAAGAAAUAGAGAUGUAUUACAAAUGUAAAGUAUAUAGACAUAAGUGUAGAUUAAAUAAUGUUGUCAAUUCAAAUACUAAUUAAAUACUGUUGGUAAAUAUAGUUAUAAAGGACUUUCUACAUAAGAGCCAUCGGACAUCGGACGCCAGAUGUGCAUGAAGAUGUAAAAAUGAAUUAAUUAUUUAAUAUUAAUUCAUAAAAUAAAAAUAUAUGUUACACAGUCUUUUUAGACCACGCACAAAUCUUUGGUAAGAUAAUGACAAACAAUCAAUUUGUUUUUUACCUCAGUAUUCAUCUAACAUCCGAUGUUCCAUGGCUGUUAUGUAGAAAGUCCCUUAAUUAGAUUUUACUAUUACAAAUUAUAUAAAAUUUAUUAGUUAUUGUUGUAAAUACGUGUAUGUAAUAACGCUUUACUUGAUGUAAAAUUGGUGUAGUCCUCAUGUGUGAUUAUAGAUUUAUUUGUACAGUUAUCAAAUACUAAAUUAGUUAUAAAAUAUGCUUUUUAAAUAAUGGUUUUGUGCCGAAAUUCGAUAGAACUUUGAAAUAAUAAGCCAAAUUAAUAAAGUAUAUAUUUGUCAUAUAGAUUAAUGAAAUUAGAAUUCAAAUGUCAGAAGCUGAUAAUUGACUUUGAAAUAUUAGAUGUUACAAUUUUUUUAAUCAUGUCAAUGACUGUAUACAUAUUUGAAAAUAUGUUAAUAUUACUUAAUUACAGUGCCACAUAUUAUGUUAUAUAAUGUGUCAUAUGCCUUUUUUUAUGCACAUACGCACACGACGGCAAUGUUACUUUCUAGAUAUUAAAAUAAUUACUGCAUAAUACUUACAAUAUUAUCAUCCGAUGUAAUAAAUUGUUUAAUUUUUUAAAUAAACAUGAA